GGCAUUGACGCGGUCAAGCCUAAUGCAUAUCCCCACCGCACCCACAAUAUACCUCCUCACUUUGACCGGAUGGCCCAAUUACCCUAUUCCGCACCAUGAAUCCAGACGACAGCGAGCCCGCGGAAACCGUUACCAUCGAUGUCGACAUGGCGCCGAGCUACGCCUCACCGGCGCUAGGCUGGGCCUGGGCGCAGCCGCUGGUGCUGCUGGGGUCGGAGGGAGCCGCCCUCUCCAGCGCCACGCACCUCCAAGCCGUCGUCGCUCCGCCCGAGUCCGCCGCCGCUGCAGACGACAAUGACGACGACGACCCACAGCGGCACCAAGCCAACGGCGCGGGCGGAGCUACAGCCGCCGCCCCCGGUGCUGCUACAGCCCACGGCAGUGCUGCUACAGCCUCCGGCAGUGCUGCUACAGCCCCCCGAUCGCGGGUGCUGUGCGUGGGCUGCGAGGGUGGCAGCCUGGGGGUGUGGCGGCUGCGGGGCGCGGGGCACAGCGUGGCGUGGGCGUGCGGGCGUGUGGCGCUGGCGGGGGAGGGCGUGCCGCCGCCCGCCCGCAGCGGCUUCGGCACGGCGCUGACAGGUGACCGGCUGUUCGUGGUGGGAGGGCGCGACGAGGCCGGAGUGCGCAACGACAUCUACGUCUACUCGCUGUCAGGCCGAUCCUGGUCCAUGGUCACCGCCGCCAGCAACCCCGUGCCGCCCCGCGCCGCACACGCCCUGUGCGCGCUGGGCAGCCGCAUCUACAUACUGGGAGGCGAGGCGGACCCGCUACCCGCGCCGCCGGCAGCAGGGCCGCCGGCAGCAGGGCCGCCGGCAGCAGGGCCGCCGGCAGCAGGGCCGGCUGGCGCCGGCGGAGCAGCGGGAGGAGAGGACGGGGUAAGUCGCGGGACGGAGGUUGGGGCGGCGGCGGCGGCGGCUGCGCCGCCGCCGCUGCUCGCGGGCCCGCCGCAAGCUGCAUUCUUUGAGGGUGGCGCUCUGGCGGCGGCGGCGGCGGCUGAUGCUGCCUCUAUGGCUGCAUCCGGUGUUGAGCCUCAGCACCAGCACCAGCACCAGCCGCUGCAGUUGCCGCCGUUUACACCGCCGCCGCCGCCGCCGCGGGUGCGCGUCAAAGAGGAGGUGGCGGCUGCGGCGGCGGCGGCAUGUGAGGCCUCAGUUGGCUCCAGUGCCACCACCCGGCCCAGCAGCGGCGGCGGCAGCAUCGGCGCCGUGCAUACCGCCAGCGCCGCCACGGCGGCGGCGGCAUCGGCGGCGGCGCAAAUGCAUCCGCCACAACAGCCGCCGCCGCCACGGCGCCUGUCCACUGGCGGCGCCGGCUCUGUGUCUGCGAGUGGUGGACCGCUGCGGUCCUCGAUGCAAACAGCAGGGCAGCAGGCGCAGCCGCAGCCGCUUCCACUGCAUCAGCACAAGCAACAGCCGCAUCUGCCUGCGGCGCCUGCGCCGCAGCCCGCCACCGUCAGCAGCGGCGGCCAGCCCGCAGCCGACGACCCCGCACCGCCGCACGCGCCCGCCGCCGCCGCGGCCGCUACAGACUCGGCUACAGCCGCGGCCGCCAGCAGCUCUGGGGGUCCCCCGGCUCCUGCUGGUGCUACAGCCGGCGGCGGCGCCGCCGCCGCAGGCGGCCUGCAGCCGCCUGCUACAGCCGCCUCCACAGGCCCGGUACUGCUUGGGGACGUGUGGUGCCUGGACCUCGUGGCGGCGCGGCUGGACCAGCUGUACUCGGACGAGGCGGCUGUAGCAGCUGCAGCUGCAGCUACGGCUGCAGCUGCUGCAGCUGGCGGCGUGGCGGCUGGUGGCGUGGCGGCUGGCGGCGUGGCGGCUGGUGGCGGCGUGGCGGCGGCCUCGGCGGCGGCUCCGCCGCGGCGGCGCGGCCACACGGCCACAGCGCUGGGUGGCUGUAUCCUGGUGUUUGGCGGCGAGGGGGCGGACGGCAGCCUGCUCGGCGACCUGUGGCGUUUCGACCCGCGUGACUGCACAUGGACACGGCUGCAGCCCACAGCCUUCGGUCCGCCGCCGCCGCCGCCGCCACCACCUCCUCCCGCAGCAGCAGCAGCCGGGCCGCCCACCGUCACCACCGGCUUCCCCGGCACCGCGCCACACCCGGCAGUAGCAGCAGCCGCACCGGCAGUAGCACCCGCACCAGCAGCACCAGCAGUGGCUGUAGCACCCGCGCCCGCGCCCGCUGUGCCCUGCCCCCGCACCCUGCACUCGGCUGUAGCUCUGUCGGGCUCACAGCUGUUGCUGUGCGGCGGGCGGGACGGGCGGGGCACGGCGCUGGGUGACGUGUGGGUGUGCGGCGUGGGGCCUGACGAGGCGCUGGGGCUGGGGCCGGACCAGGUGCUGUGGCUGCGGCUGCAGGCGCCGCCGGGGCAGCGGGUGGCAGGCCGCUACGGCCACAGCCUGGUGGGAGUGCCCUGCGGCGGCGGCGGCGGCGGUGGCGGCGGCGGCGGCGGUGGCGGCUGUGCGGGUGGCGGUGGCAGUGGCUCCGGGGAUGAGGCUCUGUUAAUCUACAGCUUUGGCGGCCUUGGCGACCGGCGGCAGCCGCUGCCGCCCGAGAUCAUUCUGGUGUCCAAGCACCCGCUGCCAGCCGCCGCAGCGGCGGCCGAGGCCCAGCGCCUCGCCGCCGCCACCCGCCUGGCCCUUGCCGGGGGUGUCGUACACGCUGACCCGGCGGCGGCGGCGGCAUACCUGCUGCAGCCGCCACAGCCGCCACAGCCGCUACAGCCGCUACAGCCGCUACAGCCGCUACAGCCGCUACAGCCGGUAGCGGGGGCACGCAGCCGUGGCGGCGUGCUGGGCGGCGGCAUACGGGCGGCGGCGGAGUGGCACGAGCAUGGGGAGGGGCACGGGCAAGAGGGGCAUGGGCAGUACCCGGCGCAGCAGCCGCCACACGCCGCCGCCGUCGGUGGCAGCAGUGACGCCGCUGCUGCAGAGGUGCUGGAACAGCGAUAUCAUCAACAGCAGCAGCAGUGGCACGAUGGACAGCAGGAGGGGCGGCAGCCGCCGGACCGGAUGGAUGGCAUAGAAGGCGACGAUGACGGCGGCUGCGGUAGUAGUGGCGGCGGCGGCGACAUUCUGCCCCUGCGGCGGCUGCAGGCGUUGGCGGCGGCGGCCGCCUCACGCGACGCGAGCGCCGGUGCCAGUAGCGGCGCCGGGUGCAGCGGUGACGGCGACGGCAGCGCGGCGGCGGAGGCGUUGAUGGAACUGGCCGCUGCCGCCGCGGCGGCGGCGGCCGAUGGCAGUGCCGACGGCGCCGCCGCCGUCACUCUCAUGGAUUCUGAUGAGGCACAUCCUGCCUUGUCGCCACACCUGACGCUGAGUCAGCGCCGCGGCAGAGAUCCAGGCAUCGACGAUGAUGGUGAUGAAACCGGUGACUGCGGCGGCUUUGGUGGCCACGGCGACGGCGUGCACGGCCCCCGGUCGCCCGCCGCCAAGCCGCCGCCACGCCGCCGCCGCCGCCUGUCCGAUGACGCCGACAUUGACGCCGAUGACACCGACGCCAACAAAGCGGCUGUUGCCGCCGCCGGCGCCGCCGCCGCUGUGGCGGCGAGGGCCGGCGAGCCGCUGGCGGCGGCGGCGGCGGCUGAGCGAGCGGAGGGUGUCCAAUCAGCAGUUGUGGGGCAAGUCAAGGCAGCAGCAGCAGCCGAAGCCGCGAUGGUGGCAUCGCAGGCCGGGGUGCGGCAGCAGCGCAGCGGCACGCCGGCGGCGACGGCGGCGGCGGCCGAGGCGGCAGACGCUGACAUUGUGCGGGAGGCUUCAGAGCGGUGGGCGGAGCGGCAGCGGCGGCAGCAGGCACACAACCAGCAGCGGCGGCUACUCCGUGGCGGCGGCAGUGGCGGCGGCAGUGGUGGCGGACUGGCGGGGGUAGCGGCCGCCGGCCGCACGCCGCGCCGCCUGGUGUCGCCGUUGUCGGGCCCGCAACAACCGCCGCCGACAUCACCAGGCCAACCGCAGCUGACGCAGCCGUCGCUGACUCAGCACACGGCGCCGGCUCGGCGGGCGACGUGGUCGGGCGCUGGGGGUGGUGGUGGGGGUGGUGCUGGCGGCGGCGGCGCCGCCGCCGGGCUGCAGCCACCCCUGCGACAGCACUCGCCGUUCGCGACUGCGGCAGCAGACGUGGCGCUUGCUGCCGAGGAGAUCCCAAGCCAUGGCGGCGCCGGUGGCGGCGCUGCCGGCGGCGGCGUCACCAUGCUGACGCCGUUCGACCCGCCGACCCACCCCGCGCUCACGGGUGUCCGCCGCCGCCGCACCACCACGUCACCGGCCUGCGGACGCCGCACGCCAACGCCGCCGGCAGCCGCCUCACCGCUGCCCCAGCCGGCGGCGGCGCCGCCGCCGCUGCCGCCGGGCGCCGCCGCCGCCGCCGCUGGCCUCCCGCGGCUGAACGGGCUGCUCGUGAUGGCGGCCGACAUACAACACCGCCUGCACGCCACCAUCUCCCUGCAACAGCAACAGCAGCAACAACAGCAGCAGCAACAGCAGCAACAACAACAACAACAACCGUCACCAGCAGGCGCCGCGGCAGCAUCGCCAGACGGCGUGCCGCCGCCGCCGGUGCUGCUGCCGCCGCCGCUGCUCGGCGGCGGCGCCGGCGGCGCCGCCACCACCACCGCCGCCGCCGCCAGCGCGCUGGUGGAGCUGAUGCGGCGGCAGGACACGUCAGCGCUGGCCCGGCACAUGCGGGUGGCGUGGGCGGAGCUGCCGCCGGAGCAGCGGGCCGCAUACGAGCUGCAGGCGGAGCGGUUCAACGCCGCGUCGGCGGUGGCAGCGGCCACGGUGGCGGCGGCGUCGGCGGCGGCAGCCACGGUGGCGGCGGCGGCGAGGGUGGAAGCGGCGGCGGCGGCGGCGGCGGUGGGGCAGGGCGCUGGCAGGCACGAGGCGGCCCGCGGCGUGGCUGAGGGCGGCGGCGGCACGGGUGGUGGUGGUGGCGCACCGGCGGCGAAGCGACGGCGCUCCGAACCGGCAGCGGCCGGAGCAGGCCGCCAGCAACAGCCGCAGCCAUCGCCGCCGCCGCCGCCGCCGCCGCAGCCCCUGCUAUCGGCUCCCCCUCCAUCGUUACUGUCUCCGGUCUUGAUCGAACCGCACCAUGCACACGUCCACGCGCACGGUCCUGGGCCGACUGGCCCAGGCGACAUGCCGCCGCCGCCACCACCGCCGCCUCUGCCGCCACUGCAGCUGUUCCACCCACAGUCAGGGCUGGGUCCGGGGCUGGGGCCGGGGCCGGGGCCGCACAGCAGCCCCCCCGCCGCACAGCCCUACCCGCACGUGUACCCACCGUACCGCCCCGGCAGCACGGCAGCGGCGGCAGGCGCAGCGGAAGGCGCCGCCGCCGCCUCUGCCGCCGCCGCCGCCUCUGCCGCCGGUCCCCAUGACCCAUCGCAGCCGCCGCCGCAGCCGCCGCAGCCGCCGCCGGCGGCCCGCCGCCGCCACACGCUGUCGCACCCCCCUGGUGUCCAGCCGGAGCCCAACACGUACGGCGGCGGCGGCGGCGGCGGCGGGGUUCCGCAGGACUGGCACCUCGGCGCCCUCCGCAGCGGCAGCGACGGCGCUUCGGUUGGCGGCGGCGGCGGCGGCAGCGGUUACCAUCACGUGCUGGCGGCGGCACCUCAACCGCCGCCAACCGCCGGGCCGCCGCAGCCGUACCAACCGCCAACGGCGCCGAUUGACGUGCUGGGCGCCCCGCUGGAGGGCGAGGUCGACGGCGUUUUCAGUUGCGGUUACCUGGCAACCGUCGCCGUACGGGGCUUGACGUACAAGGCGGUACUGUUCAGUCCCGUGCUGCACGGCGGCGGCGGUUACGUGCCGGUGGCGGCGCCAGGCUCGUACCUCCAACCGCCGCCGCCGCCUGUAGGCAGGUCGGGAGGUGUGUUGAUGAGCGGGUUUGCGCCGCCGCCGCAGCCGCCGCAGCCGCCGCCACAGCCGCCACAGCCGCCACAGCCGCCGCAGCCGCCGCAGAUGGCGCCCCCGCCGCUGCUGGCGACGGCGUCUGGCGGCGCCGGCAGCGGCAAUGCGUCAGGCAGCGGUGGCGGCAGUGGCAGCGGCACGGGCGGGCUUGGAGCGGAGGCCGGCGGCGCUGACGGCGGCGGCGGCGGCGGUCCCAACCGAGACCCCCGUAGGGCCUCCGUCUCCUUCCAGAACUACCAACCGGCACAGCAGCAGCCGCCGCCGCCGCCGCCGCAGUACUCGACGGGGAUGCUUCCGCCGCCGGGCGCCGGUGGACGUGGGAGCAGCGGCGGCGGUGCGCCAGAAGCGCUCAGCUACCAGCAGCACAGCCACGACCACCACCAGCACAGCCACCACCAGUUGCCGCCGCCGCUGCCGCGUCCUCACUAUGGUCCGGCAGCCGCCGCCGCCGCAGCGCCGCCGCCACAAUCGCACCCACAACCGCAACCGCUGCAGCUCCAACCAACUCCAGCUCAGCUAUCCGGCGUCGCCACGUGGGCCCAACCUCCCGCUGGCUCCAUGCCGCCGCCGCCGCCGCCGCCACCACCACAAGCACCACCGGCGGCGGCUGCUGCUGCUGCAGCCCAUACAGCCGCCUUCCCACCUUAUGAGCUGCCCUUCAGCAGCCGUGUCACACCACCACCACCACCACCACCACCGUAUGCGCCGCCGCAGCCGCCACCCCUGGCGCCACACCUACACGCUUCGCACCCACCACCGCAGCCGCCCCUGCUGCUGCCGGCACAGCCGUCCUAUCACCGGCUCACGCCGCCGCCGCCGCAGCCACCGCCGCCGCCGCCGCAGCCACCGCCGCCGCCGCCGAUUGCAUUGAAGCUGCAGACGCAGUCCUGCCCCGCGGAUGCGUCAAUGCAUGUGCUGGCGGCGUCAGGGACGCCACCGCCGCAGCCACUUCAGCCGCCGCCGCCGCCGCCGCCGCCCACCAUGCAGCUGCCACAGCCGCCGUUCAUGUCGCCCGCGGCGGUGGCGGCGGCGACACGGCUGCUCUUCUCUGACCCUGCACUCCUGCAGGCGGCGCUGUCAGCAGCGGCGGCGGCAAGCGGCAGCCGACCAUGCGCCGCCGACACCACUGCAGCGCUUGCGGCAGCAUCGGCGGCGACGGCGGCGGCGGCGGCACCCCCACCGCCAUGCACGCACGCCGCGCCGCACCCGCCACUGACGCCGACCAGCAGCAGGCGGCUGGCGCUGCAAGGUAGCGGCAGUGGCGGCGGCGGCGGCGGCGGCGGCGGCAGUGACACUGGCGGCGGUGGCGGCGGUGGCGGUAGCGGCCAGGCGGCGGCAGGCAGUCCCCCGGGCAGCAACGCCGGCGACCCAGUGGAAGCCGCCGCCAGUCCGACGGACGGUGCUGGCAGCGCCGCCAACGCCGGCGGCGGCCCCGGAGGGCUCGCAGCGACGGCGGCAGCUGCCGCGGGCGUCGAGCCCAAUCCGCCACCCUUGCUGCCACCCGUGGUGCUGUCGGGGCCGCCGCCAGCAGUAGCGCUGGCGGCGCCGCCGGCGCAUCGCUCGGCCUUCCACCCAAUGGCCCCAGCCGGCCUGCCGGACUCUGAUGCUACUGCUGCUGCUGCUGCCACGCCGGCCGCUACAGCCGCAGCCACCAUCGCGGCCGUUGCUGCAACUGCUGCCGCCGCUGCCGCGGCGACCGCGCCCCCCGCUGCUGGCCUGCCGGCAUCAGGGUCUGGCGGCGGCACUGCCGCUGCCGCCACCAGCUCUCCGACAACAAGCCACUCGGUGGUCACUUCGCUGCUUGUGCCGCCGCCGCUGCCGCUGGUGCUGCCGCAGCUGCCGCAGUCUCGUCUGCCGGAGGCGGCUGGCGGCAGGGGCGGCACGGAUGCAGCUCCCGCCGCCGCCGCCGGAGUUAGCAGCGCGGCCGGCGGCGGUGCCACGGAUGCGCAGACGACGGCGGCGAUCGCGGCCGCGCUGCAGGAGAGCCCGCACCCUAGCGCGUGGUGAGCAGCAGUGGCCGUUGCGACGCUUCUUGUGCGGCCGUGACUGCCGCGCACCGCCAAUGUCAAAGUGGUGUUUGCGCAGCCAGGACAUUUUGUGUGCGUGGCGUUUGCGUUCCGUCCAACAACCAAGGGAAGAGCGGUUGCGUGUUCUCUGUAGAGCUGCAGCCUCUGCCGUGAGCUUACUUACUGCCACACCUGCAGGACGAGUGCACCUAGCUAGAAGCAGGCAACCCUCGGCAAUGUACGAUAUACGGCAUGUAGACAGGACUGAAAUGAAGAUCGCACGAAAAUGAUGUCGGUGGAGAGGGCGCCGCCCUGGCAAGCGCCAUUGAGAGACGCAUGAUGAGAAGGACUGCUCGGAAGCCAAAGACGACCCAGAACGCGCGGGCAGAAGCGCAUGCAAGCUAGCACAUAUGUGUUCUUUCGUGAUCUAGCACCUGCAGCGAAGACUAUGAUGCCACUACUGCCUUUACAGUCGUCGUCAUUCGUACGUUACGUAACUGCCAACUGCAGCCAGCUGCCUUUCGCAAGUCGAGUGGAAAGUUGGCGAGUGAGGAGGACGUGUGGGCGCUUGCCUGGGGUCCUUGCGCCGGAUGUAUGGAUCGAAGCCUCGGGAGAUUGCGUUUGUGGAUGGAUGGACACGUGGUGGUGUGGAAGAGUGCGUGUGGAACAGGGUGUGGAACAGGGUGUGGAUGUAUCAUGAGGUGCUCGAGGCGGUUUUGAGGAUGUUGGCUGGAGGGGCACGCGCGGAGGCGGCCCGGCGGCGCCGUCUCAACCUACUGUCUGCAUGGAGGCUGUGCUGCUUGUCUGGGUGGGGUCGUCACGGCGCCCGUGACAUGUGGGGGCGCACCCUGCGGGCUAUACGAGGCGGUGAGGCCGUGAGGCCGGGAGGGGAGCAGGCGGCGGCGGCGGCGGAGCGAUAGAGGCUGUAGGAGCACCGCGCCGCCGCUCGGGGUGCAGUCGUGGACGGGCGCGGCGGGACUGGUGCGUGCGUGGCGCAUGCAUGUGUGGUCGGUCUGGCAGGAGCAGGGGGGCGGCAGAUGGCAGAUGAGGGGUGGGUAGGGGGGCAGCAGGCGUUUGUCUGGGCCUUGGUGGUGGCGGACUGCUGCUACUGCUGAUGUGGCUGCUACUGCUGUGCAGCUGUGCAGCUGUGAGUUGAUGACUUGCUGAGAGGAGCGAGAGGCGUUCUGUGCA